GAUAGUAUCCCAGUUCUAAACCCGAGUCCUAUCCCUACAGGAAGAUACAUAAAAGUUUUUGUUCAAGUCGAUUUCGUGAACUUUUCUAAAUUUAAUUGAAAUCGGUUAUUUAUUCGUUGCUAUAUAGUUUGUGAAAUAAGGUGGAUUCAAAUAGAAAUAUUAAAUUAUGGCAUACAACUUCAGAGAGAUUAAUUGGACUGAUAUCCGAGAUCAAUUCCGAAAAUGGCGUGAGGAUAAUGACCGUCGAAGUGACGAAGUUAUUCAACUGUGGGAAGCGAUAUUAGAAAACUGUUUUCAGAAGACUGGCAAUGAGCGACAUCUUAUAUUGGAGCAAGUAAUUAUUGCCGCUUUGGACACGUCACGUUUAGAUAUAGCAGGAAAAUGUAUUGAGCAACUAAGUACGGAAUUUCCUGAAAGCAUGCGUGUAGUAAAAUUCGAAGCCAUGCGCCUGGAAGCUAUGCAGAUGUAUGAUGAAGCUACUGAUCUGCUCGAUGAGAUUAUUGCCAAAGAUGAAACAAAUGCUGCACCUCGAAAGCGAAAAAUUGCCAUCCUCAAAGCAAGAGGAAAACGCACAGAAGCUAUCAAAGAAUUAAAUGAAUAUCUGAAAACGUUUAUGUCUGAUCAAGAAGCGUGGCAGGAAUUAUGUAGACUGUAUUUGGCGGAGUGUGAUUAUUCCAAAGCUGUGUUCUGUAUGGAGGAGGUUCUACUGCACAACCCACAUAGUCAUCUAAUACACCAGCGCAUUGCAGAGAUACGAUAUACAAUG